GUCGGGUGUGGGCGUGUUCUAAACCCCGGAAGCAGCAUGGAGCUGUGAGUGAGAGCUAUGGCUGAGCAGCUCGGGACUAUUGGCGAGCGCCUUAAGCUGGCAGGGUCCUUAAAGGUACAAGGUAACAAAUGCUAUGCAGAGCGGCGUUUGCGUGAAGCAAUCGGUUUGUAUCACCGCGCUUUGCUUCAGCUCCGUAGUUUGGACCCACAGCUUCCUUCUCCGCUGCCUGGUUUAGGAUCAGGAGUUGCCAAGCUCACUUCUGAACAGUUGGAGUCACUGCAAGCCCUGCAGGCUGACUGCUGUAACAAUCUUGCAGCAUGCCUCCUGCUGGCCCAGCCCCCGCGGUACCAGCGAGUGUAUGAGCUAAGUGUACAGGUUCUGAACCUGCAGCCUCACAAUAUCAAGGCAUUGUACAGAGGUGGCGUUUCCAGCUACCACCUCCAGGAUUACACCCGGGCACACAGCUAUCUGUCACAGGCUGCUUCCCAGAAACCCAAAGACACAAACAUUCAACGUUAUCUUCAGCUCACAAACACUGCUCUCCGCGCUUCACAUGCAGAGGAAAAACAGCGAUAUCAGGGCAUGUUCGAUUAACAUUCUGUUCCAUUUUGGGAGCAGAAAGUAUUUAAUCCAACCAAUAAAUUGUACUUUUUCCUA